AUGUUUCCAACAAGUGCAUAUAAUCCAGCUUCGAUCGGUUUUCCAUUUCCUGGUCAACAACUAGCGACGUCACUUUAUCAAUCUCAAUUUGGUGGUCUGGCUGGAUUUAAUCCUCAAGUUGCAACACAUUUUCAACAAGCUCCACCACCACGUGGUCAAUCUUUACCAGCAUCAGGUCGACAAUAUCCACCACCAACUGGUACUUAUGUGCCACCUCCACCAUCAUCAUCGUCUCGACGUCAAAAACAUAGCCAGUUUCCACCACCAGCUCCAUCUCAAUAUUACGAACGACGUAGCAGACAUGGAUCAAAAAGUAAAAAACAUCAUAAACGACAAAGUCUUUCACCCAGUGCUGUUGGUGAGCAAGGUUUAUACUCUGAUCAUGAACAACAACGUCAUGAACAAUCACAAGAACAACAAGUACAUAGUCGAAGUCAAUCACCUGCAUUGGCUACUCAUUCGAAACAACAAGGAACUAGUGUUAGUGAGCAACAACAACAAUCUGAACUUGUUGAAGGUAUCCAUGGUGGUGCAACACAAGGAGGAGUAGCUAGAUCCGAAGAAGCACAAGCUGAUAUAGAAAGUGACAAACGAAAAUCAAGUUCAAAGAAAAAAAGACAUCAUCGUCGAGAUCAUCAUGGUAAUUAUAAUAUUCCACCACCUCAAGGUGUGCCACUUGAUACUAAUCUUUAUCAACAACCAUAUCAACCACAACACUAUACUCAACACCAACCUUACGUUGGAGAAUAUCACAGUGAAUUACCUCCACAAUUAAAGGUUCAUCGUCAACCACUUUACACUGGUUAUAAUCAAGCUUAUGAAGAAUCUAUUCGACGUGGUGAUGUUUCUCGUAAAUAUGCAAAACGUUCAACACGUUUACCACCUGAAGUUAAACAACAAUUAUUUCCUCAUGAAGAUGAUCAAUCAAAUCAACCUCCACCAGCGCAAAAACAACAACAACAACAACAACAACCAUAUCCAUUUGGUCCUACUAAUUCCGGAUAUCCUCAACAACCAUUCGGUAGUAUUCGCCCACCAUUUAAUCCAUACCAACCCUAUGGUGCUUCACAAGUUCAACCAAGUUAUUAUGGUUCCACACCUGGUUCUGCACCUUUCAAUGCUUUGCAACCAUGGUCAAAUAUAGGUGCUAUUCAUGGUUCAAGUGAACAAGAAGUUCAACAUUUACGUCAACGUAUUCGUACAUUAGAAGGUGAAAUAUAUAAAUUACAACGAAAACUUAAUAAGACAACAUUAAAUAAAACUGAAGCAACACGAGAGCAAGAUAAUCAUUAUCAAGAUGAAACAAUUCGUUCUCAUCGUCGAUCAAAACAUCAUAGUAGUGGAUCACCAAGACAAACACCAGUUAUUGUUGAAUUAAAUCAUGCUACAGGUGAAGCUAUUCAUGAUUCUUCAUCAAAAAAGCAUCGACAUCGUACAUCUAGUACUAUGAGUUCACAACAUGAACACCAACAUUUUCAACAAGAUUCAGCAACUGGUAUAACAUCUAAUCAAAAUCAAAAUCAACCAAUAUCAGACGCACAUCAGCUUUCACAAAUCGAUGGUCGUCAAACGUUUGAAGUAGAACAUAGAUCUUCAACAUCAACAGAUAUACGUGAAGAAACACCUGCACAAUUAGUACAUGAAGCUGCAGCUCAUGUUAGUAAUCGUCAAGGAUUUGUUGGUGUUCCACUUCAACAACAAGCGCCUGCAACUGUACCAGCACCAACACAAGCUUCAGUACCAGCUCCAGCUCCAGUACCAGUACCUAUACCAGCACCACCUCCGCCUGUUUCACAAGUAGGACGAACACAAUUAUCCAGUCAACAACAACAACAACAACAAUUUUUAUAUCAACAAGGUGUCUUACCACCUCAAGGACAACAAAUUCGUGGUCCACCACCACGUUUCCCAGCUGCUGGUAAUGUUGUUUAUCCAAGCGAUCCAUAUCAACAACAACAAUUCGUUAAUCCUCAUCAACGUGUCUUACCUAAUCAAAAUUAUAAUCAAUCAAAUAAUAAUGAAUUAUAUGAUAAUGAUGAUGACGAAGAUAAUGAGGAACGUCGUCAACAAGAUAAACAAAAUCGUUCAGCAGAAAAAAUUCUUGAUGCAUUUGAACGUUUUUAUAUAAAUCGUGGUAAACCAACAACAGUUCCAAUGAAAGUUAAAUAUAUUCCAGAAGAUAACAAUAGUAAUCGAAAAUAUUCCAAUCAUUAUCAUCAACGAAAUACAAAUAAUAAUAAUCGAUAUCGUUCAACAAGUCGACAAAGUCACAUUAGUAGUGCAUCAUCGGAAUCUAUUUAUUCCAAUUCACCAUCUUUUUCACGUCGUUCAUUAUAUGAUAAUAAUCAUCGAAAAUCGGUAAAUAAAAUGUCUUUUUGUUCAUAUAAGGUUCAUUUUACACUUACAUUAGAACCUAUCGUGCUGUUCUUGAAUUCGAUUGAGUGA